AAAAGAAAAAGAGGGAAAUGAUGUUGCUGUUUCUGCAGACACACAGCAGUUCAGCUGUGUUUCAGUACUUUGCAAAAUCUCAUAGAGAUUGGACGCGAAAGGAAGAGAAGAGAGGAAAGAUAUUUUUAUUUUUUUUGGUUUUGUGUACGAGAAUUUCUUGAAUGAGGAACAGAAAAAAAUGUUGAAUUGAAAAUUGAAUCGCGACUAGAAUAAAUUAAGUUAGUUCCGAAAAAAAAGUGCAAUAUGGAUCAUAAUAGUGGAAAUUAUUCAUCGCCAUGGGCAGCUGUGCUAGGACAUCAUCAUUCAAUGACAUCUGAUCCGAAUUUUACUCAUGGUCUUCCAAUGGAUUUACAUGUAUCGCAAGGCUUCUCAUACUACAGAUAUCGCGAACAAAUGGAGCCGUUCUGUUGGAAUGAUAGGAAGCCUGUAAUUGAUGCACAAGCAUCGGCUGUUAAUUCACGCAUACUAGAGUUACGAAAAGAAAAAUCACGAGAUGCCGCACGAUCGAGACGUGGAAAAGAGAAUUUUGAAUUUUAUGAAUUGGCAAAAAUGCUUCCAUUACCCGGUGCAAUAACAAGUCAAUUAGAUAAAGCAUCAAUCAUCCGACUAACAAUGAGUUAUUUAAAAUUACGAGACUUUACUGCACAUGGAGAUCCACCAUGGAAUCGAGAGAAUAAGACAAUGAGCAAAAUAUUUAAAAGCAAUUCAGCGUCGAGAAGAACGACAGCCGGAUUAGCAUUAGAAUUAUUUGAACAGCAUCAAGGGACACACAUACUUCAAUCACUUGAUGGAUUUACACUGGCACUUGCUGCAGAUGGACGAUUUUUGUAUAUAUCGGAAACUGUCUCGAUUUAUCUGGGAUUAUCACAGGUUGAAAUGACGGGAAGCAGCAUAUUUGAUUAUAUCCAUCAAGGUGACCAUUCUGAGAUUGCGGAGCAGUUGGGUCUAAGUUUGACGAGUCAAAGUAGCAGCAACAGUGGAAUGACAUCACCAUCAUCAAAUAAUGAAGAACCUAUUGGUACUAACAAUCCUGAUGUUUCAUCACAAAUGUCAUUAAAUGGAAGCAAUUACAAAGGUUAUGAGCGAGCAUUUUGUGUCCGGAUGAAGUCAACUUUGACAAAGCGUGGAUGUCACUUUAAAUCAUCGGGAUAUCGGGUGGUUUUACUACUUUGUCAUCUACGGCCGCAACAUUCCUUUAGUCAUAUGAAAAAAUCAUCUCCACCUUUAAUUGGAAUGACUGCUAUAGCUGUCGCUCUUCCACCGCCAUCAGUCCAUGAGAUUCGAUUAGAAUGUGAUAUGUUUGUGACGCGAAUUAACUUUGACUUUCGAAUAGCGCAUUGUGAGCCAAAAAUUACAGAGCUAUUAGAUUACUCACCCGACGAGUUAGUUGGUGAAAGUCUAUACACACUGUGUCAUGGUGAAGAUGCUGCAAAACUAAGGAAAUGUCACACGGAUUUAAUCAACAAAGGACAAGUCUUAACGCAUUACUAUCGAAUAAUGAAUAAAAAUGGUGGAUAUACGUGGAUACAAACAUGUGCUACGGUCGUUUGCAGUGCUAAAAAUGCCGACGAACAAAACAUUAUCUGUGUCAACUAUAUAAUAACUGGUAAGGAGAAUGCUAACAUGAUAUUAGAUCAAUGUCAACUCGGCAUCAUAAAACGUGAGCCGAUUGUUUAUGCUAAGAAUGACAACGAACCAAAAUCGCCUGGCGAUAACUCACGAAAUCCGCAUGAUCAUAAAAAUGAUAAUAAUAUUAAGCAGAAUUCAAACGAGAAUCCAACAAUGAUUAGAUCAAUGUCUGAUAAUAGUUCAAAUAAUUGUGGCAAUAAAGUUAAUGAGCGGACCGUUCAAAAUUGUGAUGAUGAUGCAUCGAAUUCCACGUCGGGAAAACGAGGUCGUAAACGAAAGGUCAAAGCGGAAGUAAAAGAUGAUUUGCCACCACCUGAAAGUACACCACCGAUGUCAAUGGGUCAUAAUGAGUCUCAUCAUUCAGAUAUAACUGUGAAAGAACUAGAGAAUGUCAUGUCGAAGCAUUUACCUAAAACAAUGAUCCACGAUGGAGCGAGUUCAACAGAUUUCAGUACAGAUUCAUUACUGAGACAUCAUGGCGAUGGAAGUGAUAAAAAUCAAGCAGCACAAUAUGGAAAUACUCAUUUUGCGCAUCAAUCAACAGCUCCAAUGCCAGCAACUGCUUUGCUCCGACAACUUUAUGCAAAUCGCGAGAGCGUGAUUCGAGCAACUUCUCGACCUGCAAAUUACAUGUACAGUGAUAACUCUCAGCAACAACAAUCGCUACCAACACCACCAAAUGAUUCGUAUGAUUCACAAUAUUUACACAAUUCACGAAAAUCGAGUGAAGGAUUUAGCAAUUUACCGUCAUCAUAUGGUGCAUAUUCAUCCAUGGAAUAUAAUAAUGCAAUGACACCGCCAAGUUCUGUCUCACCACGUGACUUGACAAAUCAUAAAUCAAGUGGAAAUUAUGACUACACGAACUUAUCAUCUGGUGAUUCUCGCGUGCAACAGUACCAAACAGGUACAAAUGAUACAAAUUCUCUACCACAUUUACCUUUAAAACCUCAACCAUAUGCAAUUCAUCAAAUGGAUCAUUCAUCGUAUGGUAUUGAACAUCAAUCACAAUAUUUUCCUUAUCAUUCUGGCUUUCACUUGUACCAUAAAAAUAUUUACACGCCGCCAUAAGAUUUUUGUUCGAUGUGAUAAGGCUUAUAUUGGUUUUUCUAUUUUUAUUGGAAAAUUGACGAAAUUAGCUUAAUGUAGUGUUGAGAGUAUUGUUAUGUAAUGAUUUAGAGAUGGGGCUUCUGAUGGAUGUACCGGGUAUAUUAUAGAAUCUUUGGGCUUAUUCUUUUAAACUCUUAAGAUAGACACACUAGGUUUUGACUAGGCUGACUCUAGUCAAAUAAAUUUGUAAGAUUCUAGAUUCUAGUUUGCCAUAACAUUCAGGCUAGCCAUCACUCCUCCAGAAUAAAGCAAGUAAAUGGUUAUUUUUGGGAAUCGAACCAAUAUCUGAACAGAUUUUUCUCAAAUUAUGGUUGGAUGUUAUUGAUUUCUUGCCUAUCCAUUCGGUCACAGACUAUAUUUUCUUGGACUGGCAGAAUCGAUGUAUAAAGAUUGUUCAAAACUCUUAAUAGAUAGGGUUAACAUUUUGAAAGCUAAUUUAGAACCUUUGGCUAAGCCGAUGCCCAAAAAUAUGUUUAAAUACCCACGAAACCAAUUUUUUUCAACUCAACCUGAUUUUUAAAAAUUCCAAAAAAGCUCCCAAUCUAAUUAAAUUAUGGAACAUGUUACAAAUUAUCACUUAAUAAUUCAAUGUAAAGGUAAGAUUUAGCUCAAAAAUUGAUAAUGCUUAAUUAUUAUCAUCAGUGACAAGAGAACAAAAGCGAAAUACGUGCCAAAAUUGUUUGCAUACUCAAAUAAUAAUAUUUUCCAUUUUAAUUCGAUUAUAAAUGAUAAACGAUAAUUAAACACGUAUGUAAAUGUAAUUAUAAUCCCCAACACAUACACACACACUCAUAAAAUGCAAUUUAUUUUGCAUAAAAAAAAUUAUUAAAUUGAAAUUUUCAAUGGUUAAAUUAUUAUGAGAGAGAAAAAUAAAUAAAUAAAUCUAAUUAUAAA